AUGGCAUUCGGCAAGAUCUACGGCUUCAACGGCAACCCCCGUACCACCGCCAUUCUCGCCGUCGCAAAGGCCAACGGCCUCGACCUCGAGCUCGUCCACACCGAGCCAGCCAAGGGCGUCAGCACCGACUACCUCAAGCUCAACAAGCUGGGCAAGAUUCCCACCUUCGAGGGCCAGGAUGGCUACGUCCUGACCGAGGCCAUGGCCAUUGCCAUCUACAUCACCUCCCAGAACGAGAAGACCACUCUCCUCGGCAAGACCAAGCAGGACUACGCCUCCAUCCUGCGAUGGAUGUCGUUUGCCAACACUGAGGUCCUUCCAGGCCUUGGUGGCUGGUUCCGCCCUCUGAUCGGCCGUGACCCCUACAACAAGAAGAACGUCGAGGACAGCAAGAAGCGCACGCAGCAGAACCUCAAGGUCCUGGAGGACCACCUUGUCGUCAACACCUACCUCGUCAGCGAGCGUCUUACUCUUGCCGACCUUUUCACUGCCUCCAUCCUUCGCCGAGGAUACGAGUACUUCUUUGACAAGCAGUGGCGCGCUGAGAACCCAGCUGUCAACCGCUGGUACGAGACGGUUGUCAACCAGGACAUCUUCAAGGCUGUUGCUGGCGAGCCCAAGUUCAUCGAGACUGCUAUCCCAGAGACCCCACCAAAGAAGGAGAAGGAGGAGAAGCCAAAGACUGAGCAGCCAAAGAAGCAGGAGAAGAAGAAGGAGGUCAAGGACGACGACGAGGAUGACGAGCCAGCGCCGGCUCCCAAGCCCAAGCACCCGCUCGAGGCUCUUCCCAAGCCAACCUUCGUUCUUGACGACUGGAAGCGCAAGUACUCGAACGAGGAGACUCGUGAAGUUGCUCUCCCAUGGUUCUGGGAGAACUGCAACUUUGAGGAGUACUCGCUGUGGCAAGUCGACUACAAGUACAACGACGAGCUCACCAUGACCUUCAUGACUUCUAACCUCAUCGGCGGUUUCUUCGCCCGCCUUGAGGCUAGCCGCAAGUACAUCUUCGGCGCCGCCUCUGUCUACGGCGUGACCAACGACUCUGUCGUCAAGGGUGCUUUCGUCGUCCGUGGCCAGGAGGCUCUUCCAGCCUUCGAUGUCGCUCCUGACUACGAGUCUUACUCCUUCACUAAGCUCGACCCAAAGAAGGAGGCCGACCGGGAGUUUGUCAACGACCAGUGGGCAUGGGACAAGCCAAUCGAUGUCAACGGCAAGGCAUACGAGUGGGCCGAUGGCAAGGUGUUCAAGUAG